AGACUUGUAGCAUUUUACUGCACUUGACUAUGGCAUUCUCUUCCCUUACUCCAGUCUUUGUAGCAAUAAUCUGUGUCUUGAUUGGAAUAAUACUGAAAGGUAACAGGAAAAGCAACAGCAAAGAGCAGAACAAAACGAACAGGAAGACAGAGUCUCGCCCAUGGGUGGAUGAAGACUUAAAAGACAGCACCGAUCUUCAUGUGGAUGAAGAAGAUGAUGGUGGUGAAUGGCAGGGCUUAGAUGACAACAUUGCUCAUGUCCCUUUUUCAACUGAGCGAUACGCUGAAGAAGACAUGAUGAAUAGAUCAAAGGAUUUUUAUGAGCUUCUCAAUAAGAGACGAUCUGUCAGGUUUAUAAGCGACGAGCCGGUUCCAAGAGAGAUCAUUGACAAUGUGAUUAAAACAGCAGGAACAUCUCCCAGUGGGGCACACACUGAGCCUUGGACCUUUGUAGUAGUGCAAGAUGCAGAAGUAAAACACAAGAUCCGCGAGAUCAUUGAAGAUGAGGAAGAAAUAAACUACAAGAAAAGAAUGGGAGACAGAUGGGUUAAUGACUUGAGAAGACUGAGGACAAACUGGAUCAAAGAAUACUUGGAUACAGCUCCCUACCUGAUUCUUAUUUUCAAGCAGGUGUAUGGAAUGCUUCCAGAUGGAAAAAAGAAAACCCACUACUACAAUGAGAUCAGUGUUUCUAUUGCCUGUGGCAUUCUCCUCGCUGCACUCCAGAAUGUGGGUUUGGUGACAGUUACCUCUUCACCCCUGAAUUGUGGCCCACGCCUAAGGGUGCUGCUUGAGCGUCCAGUGAACGAAAAGCUACUCUUGCUCUUGCCAGUCGGUUACCCCAGAAAAGAUGCUACCGUGCCAGACUUGACACGCAAGCCACUGGAAGACAUUAUGGUGGUUAUAUAAACAUGAAGCAGUUGGGAGGAGACCCUGGAAAAUGUGUCGCUGUUGAGAGUUGUCUGCAGAAUGUUCCUUUCCCUUGGCCAUUUACAUUGAGGCCCCUUCAAACAUGCAGCAGCCUCUCCCACACAAGUUCAGGUGCCCCCACAAUCACAUGGAUCAUACUGUAUUUCUGUGCUGAAUGUACAUAACUGGUCACAUGUUGUUGCUACUAUUCUCAUAAGAACACGUAACUGGGUAUGUGGUUUGUGUGCAGCAUCCACCACACACUCAAAGUUGUGGUUAAGCUCAAAGGCAUCCACUUAGAGAGGCUACAGUAUGUCUGAAUUGGUGCAUAGUCUAUACACUCUUCUCCUUUUCUCUCCCUCCUUAGCUACAUUUUAUGUGUAUCUCUCCAGCUUUUUCUAUCUAGACACCUUCAAAGCCCCAAUAAUGACAACAGGUGCACUCAUUAAUAACAGUAAGCAAUCAGAAUAAGUAAAGUGGAUAAGGACUAGUUAAUUGAUGAGCAUUACUCAUUACUCCAAGAGCAAAUAUGCAGUGGCAUCUCAAUGACUUUCAUCACAUUAAUUUCCACAGCUACCUGAUCUGGGCCUGGUAACCAAGAGGUCUUCUGUAUCUUUCAAAGUUGGGCAGGGGGAAGGCAGAAUUCCACCUUGUGGUUUUUCCCAUUACAGAGUUGCAAGAACAGCUGCACUUGGCUGACUUUCUCUUCUCCUAAAGAUACAGGAUCAGUCUCAGGCCAUGAACCUGGCAACCUUAUAAUGCAAACAAAGAAUCAAAAUGCCAUUUUACCUUAUUUCUAAAAUAUGGAUUUUAUCACAUGCUUCCUCACAGCAGCAUGGCAUGAAAAUCAGGAAAUCAUUCUAUAGUGGAUUGCACCUCCCCACUAACCUGAGCACUCUAGCCAAAGAGGUGGUUCUCUUCCAGUCUCCCAAACAGGGUUGACAUUCCUCCAGGCCUCUCCCUGUUUCUUAACUUGGUGGUGGCAAUUGGGUGCAAUUGCAACUAAAAAACACUGGUCUAGCUAGCUAGUGCUGUUGCUGGUGCAAAUCAUUUUACCUCCUCCACAAUCCAACAUCCAAUGCGAUGUUGGCCCAACAGCUAUUGACAGCAGAGACUGGUGGCUACAAUGUCUGUGUGGCAGUGAAUCCUCUCCAAGUUCUAAUCCAAACUUUCAAGAAGCUGUCCAAGGUGCUCCUUGAAAGUUUGGACUAAAAUCUGGGAUGGAUUCAUUGUCCCACUGACAUUGAAUCCACCAGUCUUCACUGCCUAUUGAGUUAAUAUUUAUUUCUCAAUCCGUUUAGAGGCUUUUUGUUAAGUGGUGCAUAUAUCUUGUUAAAUAAAGAAAUUUAAAAAAAUUAUCCUAUCUUUCCUCCAAGGAGCUCAUGGUAGUGUCCAUGAUUCUCCUCCUCCCACCCUGUGAGGUGAGAUAGACUGAGAGAUAAUGGCUGGCUCAGUGAGCUUUGAAAAAGUGGGGACUUGAACCCAGGUCUCCCCAUUCUUACUCUGACAUCCCAACCACUACACCACACUGAAGUGAAAGCUGAAUCAGUGGCUUCCAGCUUCCCAUCCCCACACUUACAUGUAGCCAUUCCUCUAGGUCUCCACUGUUUCCUCAUAGAUUUUAUAUAGAUACUGUUAAAUCCACCCAGCCUGGAGCUCUCACGUAGUACAUGUAACUUGAUGAAGCUGUCUGAGCAACAUACAGGCUGAGAAUGGCUAGCAGAGGUCUGUUUGCAUUUUAGGUAUUCAUAAUGCCACACAGAGCAUAGGUGAUGUAUCACAUAAUUCUGCAGUGGCUACAGUGACAAAUGAGUGCAUGGAUUCCUUGGUUUUAACUUUGUUGAAGGUCAGAAUGUAUUCAGGGAGCAGGGAACUAGAACAUACUCAGGGGCAUCAUAAUUAGAAAGGUAGCUUGCCUCCCCAAAUAUGUUUAGAAAAGCAACUUUUGCUUACCAUGUUAGUCAAGUUUUUCCCCCCUGACAAAAUACAGAUGAUAGAUUGAUUGAUUUCUUACUUGCCCUUCACUCCAAGGUUCCUGAGUGGGUUGCAACAAUUUAAAAUUCAUUAUUAAGAGCAGUUUAAAAUAAAUAAAAAUCACAGGAAUAGGGUGGGUCCUGAAAGCACAUAUCUCAGGUGUCAAAAGUCAGAGUAAAGAGGUGCAUCUUUAGCGUACAAUGGAAACUACAAUAAAAGUGCCAGACAAACCUCUGCGGGAUGGGAAUCCUGCAGCCUAGCAGCAUGCCAUCCUAGAGAAUGCCAUCUCCCAGGCCAUCAUUCCCUGAACUUCUGAGGAUGGUAGAGCUACAAAGAGGGCCCCCUCUGCUGAUCUUGACACCCUAGAGGGUCUGGAGGGUUCCGGCAGUGACAGCCAGAAAUAAUAAUUUCCUUGGAAGAAUAAACACCCACCAUCCACUACUCAGUGGUCUGAAGAUUUCACUGCUUUUUCUACAUUUGAAAGUACAGCUUAUAGCUGUCAGU